UCUCUUCUAGAUUCAAAAAAUGCCUCUGUACAAACUCACAGAAAAACGCCUCAAGAAGCGCCAGCGCGAGGACGAAGCUGGUAUCACCGAGCUGAAAGCCAAGAUGCGAGCAAUGGGGGAUGAGGUAGGAGAUAGUGAGGAUGAGAUGGAUUCAGAGAGCGAUGAUUCUGAGGAGGAAUCGGAGGACGAUGAAGAAGAGACUGGGGAAGAGACUGCGGGGGAAACGAGUGGGAGUGAUUAUGAGGAAGAAGAGGCAGAGGAGGAAGAGGAAAACGGAAGUGAUGAAGACGAAGAUGAAAAUGGACCGAUCCCCAUGACACCCUCAGAAGCGCUCACAAUCCCCAUCUACACUCCCAUCUCCAUCCCUACUGACUCAGGCUCUGAGGCUGAGGCUGAGAUUGGAGCUGGGACUGGGCCAAAGAUCAGCUUAUGCAUUCUCUGUCCAGGGAAGAUACUCAAGAAUGAACAUAUGGUGAAAGUUCACCUCGAUUCCGGUGCCCAUAAACGAGCUGCUAAACGAUAUUCAUCCCACCUGUCGGCCAAUCCUCCUCGCGAAACUGACGAUCCGCGCAAGAUCGCGAAGUCCCUCGUCCCCUCCGCCCCUGCCCCUGCUCUCAAGUCCAACAAAGCUAGGCCCACCACCACCGCCACCACCGAAAUCAAAGAAGACAGAAAAGUGGAGGAGAAGAAGAAACUGUCUAAAAGGGCGAUCAAUGAUACCACCCGCAAAAUCCGUAAACAAGCACGGGUUCAAGCCGAAGUCGAAGAAAGGCUAACAAAGGGGGAGAUAGAUCUUAAGACUGGAAAAGGAAUGGAGGGGAUGAAUAGGAAGAUGAAAAGAGAGCUGUUUAAGCGGCUGAAGCAAAAAGAGGAGGGAGAUGGACAUAAGGGAAAGAAACAAAAGAACUGAAGUUACGAUAUAAGGCUGAUUGAGAUGGUGUUCAGUGAGAAGAGCUGUGCUUGGGCGGCGUCUGGGUUUCCACGCAGGGUAAAUGUAUUGUAAUAUAACAUACCAAACUUCAACCGCGAGUGAGUGUGAGUUGUAAGGCGAGUUGUCACUUUCCAGGAUGCUAC